ACUCGUGAAAUUAUCCCGCGCCAAAAUCAAAAUGUAUGUUAUAUAUACAAACUCAAAAUAUGGUUUAAUCAAGCGGUUCAGAUCGACUCUUGGCUCUAUACGAUCAAUCUCAACCAUCCAUUCCAAAAUCAAAGAUAUGGUCUCAAAAGGACUUAACCACCAGAUACUUAAAUUCUACAAAGAACUUCAUUCUUCUGAUAUCUAUGCUAACGCCUACAUUAUUCCUUCAGUAAUCAAAGCGUGUUCUUUCUCUAAUUGCCAUCAUUUUGGCAUUCAACUUUACAGCAUUGUUCUUAAAUCAGGCUUGGACUCUGAUUUUGUUAUUUGUAAUUCCUUCAUUUCAUUUUAUGCGAAAUCAUCUUGCACUGAGUCUGCACUUAAAGUGUUUGAUACAAUGCCUCUAAAAGAUCCUAUCUCUUGGAAUUGUAUCAUAAAUGGUUAUUUUCAAAAUGGAUAUUUCACUCAAGGGUUUAUAAUGUUUAAGGAAAUGUAUGAAUGUGGUAUUGUGCCGAAACCUGAGUUGGUUGCUAGUGUUGUAUCAGUUUGUGUACGCUUAGGAGAUAUGAAACUUGGAAGAGCAAUUCAUGCACUUGUUCUUAUUGAUGGGAGGAUUGCGAAAGAAAUUUUUGUAUUGACUUCUUUAGUUGAUUGGUAUUUUAAAUCUGGUGACUCGUUAAUGGCUUUACGUGUAUUUGAUCAAAUUGAGGUGAAAAAUGUAGUUUCUUGGACUGCACUGGUUUCAGGGUGCUCUGCGAAUUUAGACUACAAUAUGGCCCUUGAUUGUUUUCGAGCAAUGCAGAUCAAUGGGGUUAGACCUAACAGGGUCACGUUGAUUGCAAUAUUACCGGCAUUUGCUGAGUUGGGUUGUGCUAAGACUGGGAAAGAAAUUCAUGGAUAUGCAUUUCGACAUGGAUUUGAUUUGGAUCAUCAUUUUUUAUCUUCUCUUAUUCACAUAUAUUGCAGAAGUAGGGAAGGUUUGCAGCUUGCUAAACUUACUUUUGAGAGAUCAAAUGUUAAAGAUGUUGUGAUGUGGAGUUCGAUUAUUGGGAGCUAUUGUCGAAGUGCGGAUAGCAUUGAAGCUCUGAAGCUCUUCAGGUGGAUGAGAGCAGAUGGAACAGAACCAAACUCUGUGACCUUAUUGGCAGUAAUCACUGCCUGUACAACUUUAACUUCACUUAAGAAUGGAUAUGGAACGCAUGGCUACAUUGUGAAAUGUGGCUUGAACUUUGAUACUUAUAUUGGGAAUGCACUUAUUAAUAUGUAUUCAAAGUGUGGCUGUGUUGUAGCAUCGCAUCAAAUUUUCAAAGAAAUGCAUAUUAAAGAUUCCGUGUCGUGGAGCACGUUGAUCACUGCUUAUGGAUUACAUGGUCAUGGGAAAGAAGCUUUGUGUCUUUUCCAUGAGAUGCAAUUGCAAGGAGUUGAACCAGAUGCCAUGACAUUCCUCGCUGUAUUAUCAGCUUGUAAUCAUUCUGGCCUUGUUAAAGAGGGACAGCAGAUCUUUGAUAAUGUGAAGAAAGAUGGAAAAGUCUCACUAACUGUUGAGCAUUAUGCUUGCCUCGUUGAUCUUCUUGGGAAGUCAGGGAAAGUUGAUGAUGCCUUUGAUAUUUUGCGAGCAAUGCCUAUGAAACCUAGCACAACAAUAUGGAGCUCUUUGGUGUCAGCUUGUAAAAUUCAUGGACGAUUAGAAAUUGCUGAAAGGCUAGCACAAGAGCUUAUAAAAUCAGAACCUUCAAAUGCUGCCAACCACACUUUGUUGAGUAUGAUUUAUGCUGAAUCAGGUAACUGGUUUGCUGUAGAAGACGUGAGGAGGCUCAUGAGAGUACAGGGACUAAGUAAAUGCUAUGGGUUUAGCCAGGUUUCAGCAGGAAAUUAGGAUUUCUGGUGUGGCAAAUGUCUUUUAACAACUCUAUUUUUCAUUCAGUUCAGUUGUACAGUAAGGGUGAUGCCUCCUAGCUCCCCAAACAUAACCCAUUAGUUCUUAGGACACCAGAAUUUGUAAUAUGUACAGAAAAGAGACAACAAAGAGAUGAUUUGCACUGAUGUAACAGACAAUCAUGGUGCUCACUUGAGUCUUUUAAUGAAGUAAAUUAUAUAUUCUUUUUUCUAUUA